GGGGGUAAACACAGACAGCACUCCGGAUCUAGACGAAUCACAGCACCAACGCAAGAGAGCUACAGCUGGUGUUAAAAGAACAAAUGGAAAUGAACUGACUGAAGAGUGCAGCAACGAUCAAAAUCAGAAACUGAAAGGAGGCAACCACUCAGAGGCAGUAACCAUGGAGACCAGCCAGCUUUCAGAGAUGGAUCCUGCAACUGAGUGCAAAAUGGAUUCUGUUCAGAUGGAGAAGGUAGAAAACACAGAAGGUGGUGAACAGUUUACACCCAGUGUAGGUUUAUUGGAAGCCACAGAAACAGGUGGUGCCAUGGAAACCCCCACGCAUCACAGAGAUAUGUCUGAAAUCAACAAUGAAUUGGCAACUGUUAAUGGACAGGAGAGUGCAAUGGAUCUUGCCCAACAAGAGGAGGUCUUGGUCCUAAAGGUGGUACAAGAAGAGCUCAUUCGAACAGAUUCUGUUACCUCAUCGGUCUCUGACACACCCUCUAGUCCAAUAAGCGUUUACGAGAACAAGCUGGUCUGUGACACACAGGACUUGCCGGACCAAAAGCAGCCAGACAGUCCCAUGGUGACAGAUGAUUUUGGAGACAACCACAUCUUAGAGAAGGUGGAUGACCACAGCGAGGUUCAGGAAGCCGUCAUGGAAAGUGAAAGCCAAAAGGAAAUACAAGAAACCGUCCUAGAGCAGCAGAUCCAGGAAGAGGCCUCCUCAGACAUCUCAGAGUCAUUUCACAACCCAGACCAAGAUGAUGACCUAAGCGACUGUUUGCAUGCUGAAAUAGCCAUCGUCUCCUCCGACAGUGAAACCGAUGAGAACUGGAGGGCCAUAUUUUCAUCCACAGUGCAAAAGGAUGACUGCGAUAAGCUCUUCCUGGAUGGCGCCCAGGAGACAAACGUCUGUGAGCAGUUAAUUCAAAAAGACACAGACGCCACAGGUUUCAGUCGAGGCGAUGAAGCCAAGACAACAUGCAACACCGAUAUUUUGGUGCAACCUGAGCCCACUGAGGAGCCCCUCACCUGCUCAUAUGACAACGCAGCUGAAUUUCACAACUCAACAAAAAUCACUGAGGACAAGGAGCCACAACAGGCGGUGAGGCCGAGCAGCAUGAGCCCUUCUUGUGCCACUAAGACAAACUCAGAAAAGAGGGUUCCCAGUGACUACUGCGUGAUCCAGGAAACCAAGAGCAAGGAUGUCAGCACAGAGCACGUUGACUUCCAAAUGGCUCGCAAGCAGUGGCUGCAGAUGGAGGAGCAGACCAAGAGUCAAGUGCACCACCCCUCCACCAAGCGGGCCACCAGCCCUGGUGGCCACAGCUUCAUGUACACGCCUGUCAGAACUAUCAAUAAGCCCAAAAAAGACCCAGAGUUUGAAACCCUGGGACCGAAUGAGUACCCAUACACUCAGUUCAGCCCCUGCUCAGAGGACUCAGGCCUAGAUGACUCUAGCUACAGGUCGACAUAUGACGACCCCGAGACACCCAUUGAAAGAGAGAUCCGGAUGGAACUGGAGCGAGAAGAGAGCUUUAGGCGGGAGAGGGGCCUUACUAAAGCAGCCGACUCUGGGGAACACGUGCGGGCUAAGGCCCGGUCACCCAGCUUCCACCUGAGCAAGCCUGACAAGAGCCCGUCGCGGGACAGGCUACCGCGGUCACCCACCGGUUCCAAGACGCCACCAUCGUUCACCUUCACCUCCAAACCGCCAGCAGCAAAGGCUCCGCUCUAUCACGAGAUGGCGGCUAACAACGUCAUCAUCCUUGAACCGGCAGAUCCCUACCCUACAAGCCCGCGACAUUCUCCCAGGGGGCCCGCACCUAGUCUGUCAAACAGGAAGUUCAACGAGUGGCCCUCAGAGACAACCAGCGUCAUCAUCCUAGAGACGUCAAACCUGAUCAUCCGUAGUGCCUCUGAGUUAUGCCUGAACACCGCUAGCCAAGAGACCCAAGAGAGCACCUUCCACAAUAACCCCUUCUUCAAGCUGCGCUCCCGAAGCACCCAGUCACUGGUGGACCAGGAGAUAAAGGUGGUCAAGCAGAGAGAGGAGGAGCUAAGGAGGCAGAGAGCACGCCUGUAUACGAAGGAGAAGUAUGACACUGUCCUGGUGUCCCCAAACCUGCUGAACAACCCAUGCCUCGACAGAAAUGCAGAACAGCCAGCGAGGUGCAAGUCCUCUCCAUCCUCACCCAUGAAGACUGCACGUAAAAUGGACCGUUCAACACUGUCGUGUGAUCACAAGUAUAUGGACACAUUCUCCGGAGCACGACGCAAGAGCACCCUGGCCAUGCGCUGGGAAUCAGGGGAAUUUGCCAACCAUGGGAAGGAUUGAAAACGUGGGAUCCCUUUCGAAGUAGAGAAGCCUGUCUGUUCCAUUUUCUCGCAGUGGUGCUGUGUUAUGUUCGUUUGUGUUUAAAACAUAGCAACACACACUGCUUGUGUGACUUUAGCAACAUAUGACAUUGUGUGAAAAUUUGUAAAAUACAAGAUGUUGAAUAUUAAUAUGAAUGGAGUGUUUAGUUAACAAUUGUUCAUGUUUAUAUUGAGCAAACCUUUAUGGCUAUUUUUGAGGUACUGUAUUAUGUUGUUAUACAAAAAGAGGAGGGUAUUUAUUGUAUUUUCGUAUUCUAUUUUCUUCAGAAAAGAGAAAUUUGCACAUGCCUUUCAAAGAAUGUAGGCCUUGCAUAGAGUUUAUUGUACAAAUAGUUAUUAACACACAGUUUGAAAAUUCAUUCUGCAGCAUGAGUAAAUGCAAGUGGUUAUGCGAUGCUAGUAAUGCACAAUGUUUACUGUGUCAGUGAAUGCCCCAAGAAUUUUAAUUUAUUCAGCCAGCAGGAGGAAGUCCCUUGAAAGGAGAAGGAGAAAACAGGAAGCACUUUAUGGUACUUCCUUCCUGUUGUAAUACUUUGCUCUAUUUGUUACUUUUUAAAGAGCCUCACAUUUGAGAGAGUUCAGGUAACUGCAACUUAAUGUUGCAGGGUUUGUCACAUUUAUAUAUUAAUCUAGCAGCACAAUUAUUAAAUACUGUAAGACUUUGGUCUUUCUGAUCCACUUCUUUUCAAUGAAGACAUGAAGGGCAAACAAACAGGGUUUUUAAUGUGUCAAUGUACUGUAUACCGUAGAUCUACAAUGUGUUCUGGAACAUGCAGAAUGUGCAACAUUCUAUUACCAGUAGUGCUUGUUAAUAAUGGAUAUUAAAUUACAAACAGUUCCAGAGGUCCUUAUAGGCAGUAUUUGCACCAACUUCAAUUCUAAAUGUCUUGUUUUGAAGAUUUUUGGUUUUGUAUAUUUUGCUACUAUCAAAUUUGCUUGAAAAAUGUUUUCCCAGUUGACCAGUAUUGCCUGCUCCUAAUAAUUUAAAAUAUUUAUAUCUGUAUGAAUGAAAAAAUAGAGUACAGGAGAAUUUCAAAUGCCUUCUUUGAGGUACAUCUGUGUCUUUGCUUCUAUUUGUAUGCUGAACACCACUGCUGCAAAAAUAAAGACGUACUAAUAAAUCUCAGAA